AUGGCUCAAUCAUCACAAGUACCGCUCUGGAUCAAUGGCGAGACGGUACUCACUGCGGAAACAUUCGACGUAACAGCACCAGACAACGGUGACAAGCUCUGGUCAUCAUCAACAGCCAACGUGGAUGAUGCCAACCGAGCAGUGAACGCCGCACAUGCAGCAUUCCCUGCCUGGCGAAGGACGAAACCUGGUGUCAUUCAAGGUAUUUUCAUACGCGCUGCCGACCUUCUGGAAAGCCAAGCGGAUGAACUCGUCGCAAUAUGGAGACAGGAGACAGGCGCACUUGAAGGUGUCGCUCGUUGGCUUAUCCAAAACGCGAUUUCCAACAUCCGUGACGUCUCGGGCCGAGCGGCUAAUAUUCAUGGAUCGAUUGUACAAGUUCAGAGCGACGACCAAGUUGGCCAUCUGAUGAAACAGCCCUACGGUGUGGUAGUCGGCAUUGCUACAUGGAAUGCGGCGUUCAUCCUGGGCACGCGAGCAUUCACUUUCCCACUGGUUGCAGGCAACACAGUGGUGUUGAAGGGCAGCGAGUUUUGCCCUCGCACGUUCGAAGCGCUGGUACGGAUAUUCGACGAUGCUGGGCUUCCUAAAGGGGUGCUGAACUUUAUCACAACACAAUCUAAAGAUGCUGCGGCUGUCACCAAUGCUCUGAUCGAGCACCCGGCCGUCCGGAAGAUCAAUUUCACCGGUAGUACGGCAGUGGGCCGCAUCAUUGCUAGCAAGGCCGGGCAAGAGCUUAAGCCGGUCGUUCUAGAAUUGGGCGGGAAAGCAUCCGCGAUCAUCUGUGAAGAUGCUGACCUUGAACUUGCGGUUUCGCAGUGCGUCCCCGGGACUUUCAUGCAUGCGGGCCAGACUUGCAUGUCGACUGAACGGAUAUUGGUUCAUGAGACAUUAUACGACGUCUUUCUCAGCAAGUUCAAAUCGGGCAUUACGAAUCUGUUUCCGGAGGACGGGCCGGCUCCUCUAAUGACAUCGGCAAGCACAGCUGAGAAGAACCGCUCCCUCGUGGAGGAUGCUCUCAGAAAAGGCGCCGAGACUCACACGAUCGGUGACUCAUUCCCGGCUGAAAACAACCAUCACCAAUUACGACCUACCAUCAUCACCAAGGUCACUUCCGACAUGAACGUCUACCACGAAGAGUCGUUCGGGCCGACAGUUAGUGUCCUAGCGGUGAAAUCCGACGACGAGGCUCUCUCUAUAGCCAACGAUACUCCCUAUGGACUGUCAAGUGCCAUAUUUACCAAAGACCUCGCGCGUGGGCUACGAAUGGCUCGAGAGCUUGACUCCGGAGCCGUUCAUAUCAAUAGCAUGAGCGUCCACGACGAGCAUGCACUGCCGCAUGGCGGGUUCAAGGCCAGCGGUUGGGGACGCUUCAACGGGCAGCAAGGCGUAGAUGAAUUUUUGCAAACGAAAGUCGUGACGUACAUGCAAUAG